UUUGUAUCUCACUUCACACACAUGCUGGCAUUUGGUAUUUACUCUUAUUCUUAUUUUUAAUUUUUUCGGACUUUGCUGCGUUCAGACAUGCAUGUCAUUCAAACGAACCAUGGUAGAUACAAAUAAUACCUCUAAUCCCACUGUUCCCCUCAACACAGUAUGCACAUUAGGAACGGAAAAAGGUAUUUUACAAACACGCACGCGCUCGUCGCCGCAUCACGCCAUCGGAAUCUCCGCCAGCUGCGCAGACUCACCAGCAGUUCGCGUCGUCACAUCAGGGUUCUCCGUUGGACUGCGCUGAUUUAAUCGACUUAUUUAUUUAAUAACUCGUUAUAUAACACACCCCGACUUAAGACGCUCACUCACACGCGCGGAUCGCCCUCCACCUACAGCGCACCCAAUGCGCCCGUAGUCCUGACAGACCUGAAGUGACAGCCCUGACCUGGAUACCGUCUGUGCCUCCUGUCCCCCUCUGAGGCAGAAGAGCUCACAGACAGACCAGCGGACGCACGCCUGCAUCAGCGCUCCAUCGGCAGCCUGCGGCUUGAACAGUAGCGGCAGCCUCCGAACCGCACCCACGCGCCGCCUCCCCUCGACCCUACCUCGUCCCAGUCACUUCUGACAUGGCAGACCCCGGCCUCACGUCGCCCUCCAGGACCCCGCUACGCUCCCCCAACGCCUCUCUCAGCCUCUCCUUCCCCUUCCUGAGGGAGGGUAGCCGCAUAUGGGAGGAUGGGAAACAGCAGCCGCUGCCUCGGGACUUGCCCAGCCCGCUGCCAACUAAACGCAACCGCACCUACUCAGCUACGGUACGUGCUACCUCAGGUCCCGUGUUUAAGGGCGUGUGUAAGAACUUCUCCAGGUCACAAGGUCACGGCUUCCUCCGACCGUCCCACGGUGGAGAAGACAUCUUUGUUCACAUCUCAGACAUCGAGGGGGAGUACGUCCCAGUAGAGGGCGACGAGGUCACGUACAAAGUCAGUCGAGUCCCUCCCAAGAACCUGAAAGUGCAGGCGGUGGAGGUGAAGAUCAUACAUCUCAACCCAGGGACGAAACACGAGACCUGGUCUGGGCAGAUCAUGAGCUCGUAGACCUGAACUCAGGGCCCGGUGGGCCUCGCAGGGCAGGGUGGGGGAGGUUGGACAUGUGGUCGGACCGAUAACUUACAACUAGUGUUAAAAUCCUUUCUUUAAAAGCAUGUUUUACCUACGCAGCAAAGUGCCCGGGACGAUUCGUGUGUCGUUGGUGUUUAACAGCUGUCCACUGCACUGAGGAAUCCGCUGUGUAUGUAAGACUGACUAUUUAUUCACCUUUAGGAAAGAAUCAUUUUUAAAAUGUCGUUCUAUUACUGUCAUGAUUUAAGUCCGAUUUAAGAUAACGGGGUGAUAGGCAAAGGAUCAAGCUGGAAAAGGCUUGAGGGCCUCAUUCUUUCACAAGGAUCAGCUGUGUUAAAGUAUAAAAACUGUCGGUCAUAACUAUGGACUAAGGACAGAAUUCCGUUUCCCUUUUUUGCGUCUGUUGUGCUUGUGUUUACUUCACCAGCGUUUCCAGGACGUCGGGUGCAAGUGUGAGUCAGAUUAUCACAGCCUACACACUUUAGACUUUGGUCGAGAAGAAGUUUUGAAUUGAACAAAGAUAAGUUCUAAAAGCAAGUAGUUGAGGGAAUUGAUGUUGAAAGGAUUUGAAGGAUUGUGACCUUGAGUGAAAAGCUGAUGAAACGACAGGUAAACCAUUCUUACAGAAGUAAAUCCCUGCUACACAAAUGAAAUCAACCUAAUGUCCCUAAAUAUGAACAGUUGUAGGUUUGCGCCCAGACAGAAAGUCUAUUGAGCUCAUGUUGGGUGUCAGGUCAAGUUCAAUGUUAUGAAGUUUGUAUUGGGCAUGAAGGGGGAGGGGGGGAGCGGGGGGCAGGAGUAUCACAGGCAGAUCGCAUUAAACCGAGCAUGAAUAAAAAAGUAUAUAUUUAAAAAAAAGACACUACUGUGAAUGGAAAGGAGUAUUUUCCUGGAAAACACAUAUCCUUGGUUGUGUGUCUUGUGUUUGGUUCUUUAUUUUAAUGAUUUAUUUGAUGAUUUAAUCAGAUUUGUGUUUGUCGUCAGAUUUUAAGUACAGUGAAAACUUCCAAAAUGGAAACUGCCAGAAGAACUGCUCCAGACGUAACUGUCGGGUUUUUCAGAAUUUGUUUUGUUAAAAAAUCUGUUUUGAAAAUCUUUGGGUCCAGAUAUUGCUGAUAAAAAAAACUAUUUGUAAAUCUCUUUUUCUAUUAUCAGAAAAACAUGUAUCUGCGUGGUUUAUUAAAUGUAGUCAGCGUGAUGGUACACAACUUCAUAGUUGGCGCCAGAAGAGGUCAACGUCACAACAGCGCUGUUCGUAGUUAUUCAGGUUUUGCUCAGUGUGCUGUGGGUCAUUUUCUAUUACGUCUGUUCCAUGGAGCAUCUAUGCAUCUUGUCUGUAUGUCAGUGCCACUGUCUGAACAUUUUAGAUUUAUUUAAAGACACAUUCUUCUGUGGACGAGCCACGGUGGUGGUGAUCCCCAUGAUUACUUUUGCUGAGCCUUGAAAGAACAUUAAAGCAUUCUAUGAUUCA